AUGUCGCUCAGGGCAUCAGGGGAUUGCGCAGUGGAGGAGCUAGAGGAACCGGAGGCAAGGGCAGAGGUGGAGCUGACGUCCAUGGCAGCGGAAGGAGGCGAGGAAGGCGAGGAGAAGGGCAGCAGAAUCCAAAAGAAAGAUCAGAAGGUUGUCCAGGUGCUGCCUAUCAUUGGAAUGGGAGGUUUGGGCAAGACCACACUAGCCAAGAUGGUGUACAACGACCAUAGAGUCCAAAAUCACUUUGAAUUGAAGAUGUGGCACUGUGUGUCUAAAAAUUUUGAAGCCACAACUAUUGUCAGAUCUGUCAUCGAGUUAGCUACAAAAGGAACAUGUGACCUGCCUGACAACAUGGAGCUGUUGCAAGGCAAACUGCAGGAAGUGAUUGGUAGGAAAAGGUUCUUACUGGUUCUUGACGAUGUGUGGAAUGAAGAGCAGCGCCUGUGGGAGGAUGACCUGAAGCCUCUAUUGUGUUCUUCUAAAGGUGGAUCUCGAAGCAUGAUACUUGUCACUAGUUGCAUCCAGCAAGUGGCCUCCAUAAUGGGCACCCUUCCACACCUUGAGCUAGCAUGCCUUAGUGAAGAUGAUUCAUGUACAUUGUUCACAAAGAAAGCAUUUAAUAGUAAAGGGGCACAAGAGCAGACAGAUGAGUUGGUCAUUUUGGGAAAACACAUCGUUAAUAGGUGCAAAGGACUACCUCUUGCUCUGAAGACAAUGGGUGGGUUGAUGAGUACGAUGCAUCAAGUUCAGGAAUGGGAGACCAUUGCAGAAAGCAAUAUAGGUGAUACAAACAAUGGAGUAUUGUCCAUACUAAAAUUGAGCUACAGAUACUUGUCAUCUGAAAUGAAGCAAUGCUUUGCAUUCUGUGCUGUUUUCCCUAAGGACUAUGGAUGGAGAAGGAUAAGUUGAUCCAACUAUGGAUGGCAAAUGGUUUCAUUCAUGAAAAGGGAAAUAUGGAUUUGACAAAGAAAGGUGAACUUCUUUUCAACGAGUUGGUUCAGAGAUCCUUUCUUCAAGAUGUAGAUGUGAAAGCGAUUGUUUAUGGAUAUAAAU